AUGGCCAACCCAAAUAACGCGGCAGCGCAGGCUGAGUUUUACAAGGAACUGCUGCGAAUUGACGAUUACGGCGCCAUCAUAUCACGGUUCGAGUCAGGCAAAUUCGCUAAUUCAGAGACGUCGUUGCAGUACUAUGCAAUUGCCCUGGCACGGACCAACCAGGCAGAGCAAAUUGUGCCAAAGAUUCUUCAACGACUUCAGCGUCAACCCCUUGCAACAGAAUCAGAGGCAUUGAUCAGCAAUAUUGGACAAGGAGUUCGACGUGCCAACAAUCUUGGAGCUAUGGAAAACGGUGUCACUAAUGGUGGUGCGGCAGUCGCAGAUGCAUUGGCUGGAGCGGGCAACAAGGGCAAUCCUAUUUAUGUGGUAAUGGACGACAGCAAGACUACCAAGAGCUACAUGCUAUGGCGAGGCCUGCGAUGGCUCGGGAUAACUGUUACUUACGCGUUUUGCAUCCUGACCUUCCUGUCGCUCGUGUUUGAGAACUCAGGAUUGCUCAAACCCCCACCCAGUCAGACGGAAUUUGAACCAUCCGCGGACAAUAAUGUCAAGUUUUCAGACGUCCAAGGCGUGGAUGAAUCAAAGCAGGAGCUGGAGGAAGUAGUCGAGUUUCUGAAGGACCCCAACAAGUACAACCAACUCGGGGGAAAGCUGCCUAAAGGUGUUUUGCUUACAGGUCCUCCAGGUACGGGCAAAACUAUGCUGGCCAGGGCUGUGGCAGGAGAAGCAGGCGUUCCAUUUUUCUUUAUGAGCGGAAGCGAGUUUGACGAGAUGUAUGUCGGUGUUGGCGCCAGAAGAGUGCGGGAACUAUUUGCUGCUGCAAGAAGUCGGGCACCCAGUAUUGUUUUUAUUGAUGAGCUCGAUGCUAUUGGAGCAAGACGCAACCCCAAGGACCAAACAUAUAUGAAGCAGACGCUGAACCAGUUACUUGUCGAGCUAGAUGGAUUUUCGCAGACGGAGGGAGUCAUCAUUAUUGCCGCCACCAAUUUCCCAGAGCUGUUGGACAAAGCUUUGGUACGACCAGGUCGGUUUGAUCGCCAUGUCAACGUACCAUUGCCGGAUGUUCGAGGACGAAUGCAGAUUUUGAAGCAUCACCUCAAGAACAUCAGCACCAGUCCAGCUGUGGAUAUCUCGGUCAUUGCAAGAGGUACCCCUGGAUUCUCUGGAGCUGAUCUAGCCAACCUCAUCAAUCAAGCUGCUAUUCAGGCCUCUCGGGAGGGCGUCAGUGAGGUCGGUAUCAAGCAAUUUGAGCACGCAAAAGACAAAAUCUUGAUGGGCGUCGAGCGUCGCAGCCAGGUUGUCACCAUGGAGUCCAAACGUUUGACAGCAUAUCAUGAGGGAGGACACGCUUUGGUGGCACUCUACACACCAGGCGCGAUGCCUCUUCACAAAGCAACGAUCAUGCCUCGUGGAAAUGCCUUGGGGGUGACUGUACAGUUGCCAGAUAUGGACAAGGAUAGUUACACGAAGAAAGAAUACCUGGCUCAAAUCGAUGUUGCCAUGGGAGGACGUGUGGCCGAGGAGAUGAUCUUUGGACCCGAGAACGUAACAAGCGGAUGCUCCAGCGACAUUGUCCAUGCGACUAAGGUGGCGAAGAUGAUGGUUACCCAAUUCGGAAUGAGCGAUAAAGUGGGGCCAGUGGCACAUGUUGAGGAAGACAUGGCUGUACUUUCCACACCCACAAAACUGCUGAUUGAAUCCGAGACCAAGGGACUCAUCGAAGCUGCCCAGACGCGAGUGAUAUUGCUAUUGAAGACACACAAGGAGGAGCUCCAUCGUCUAGCCAAGGCCCUUGUGGAUUAUGAGACUUUGACACAAGAGGAGAUUCGACGGGCGAUCGAAGGCAAACCUAUUGUGCGCUAG